AUGCUGUUAGCGAUUUAUAUGAUCGCUCAGUUAAUACCUCUGCUCACCAGGCAGCUUACAACGAUAGAGAUCUUAAAAAACAUAUCGCCCAUAUGUAUGUUACUGUGCGCCAUAUACAAGCACAUCGUCUUUUGGCGACAAGCCGAAACAAUCAAAGAAUUUAUGGAAGAAGUGAAGCACGAUUGGGGAUCGAUGAACGACGAGGAACUGAAGAUUCUUAAAGAGUACGCUUACUUGGGGAAACGUUAUUCAACAAUUUUCGCAAUGUUUGUUUCUCCGUCGGUGGUAAUUGCAAUGGCGGCUCACUUCACGUCCGACAUUCUGGAUAUUGUAUCACCGUUGAACGAAAGUCGUCCUCAUUGGUCUCCCGUAGCAACAGAGUACUUUGUCGACCAACAGAAAUACUUCUACCCGAUCAUGCUUUACGAGAACUUGGCGAUCUUCGCAGGUGGAACUAUGUUUGUGGGUACCGAAUCUUUGAUUACAAUGUGGCUGCAUCAUUUUGCUGCGUUGUUUAAAAUUAUUUGGUGA